GCAUAUGUUAUCGUCUGGGCGCAUACACUGACGUGCAUGUCAUCCUGAGACAGCUGUGGUAGCCACCCCCGCACUACCACAACCCCCUUCCGUGACAAGAGUACAGAAUAACUUGGUGUCCAUCUACUGUGUUCAUACUUGGCAACUGGUUGACGACCCCUGGCAAAAGUUACUUUGAUGGACCCAUUCAACUAUUGCAAAGCAGUAUUCUAAAUGGCAGUUGUGCCGGAAUCAUCUGGCGUAAUCACUUCGAAGCAGUUGAUAAACGAUAGCAGGCCGGAUCAGAUGAAAACUAGUGCUUUUGAUCUUCGGUAUCUUUUACCCUCUGGAUCGAAUUGCUCCGAAUUCCAGAACUUCAGGACUUUCAUCAAAUCCAACGUAACUAGUAGGGUUACGAAACCAUCCUCCUCUCAUGUGAUGCAGAGUUUCCCACUUCCAUUCACCAUGGAGAACACGGAGGACUCAGUGACGUCUGCCAAUGGGAUCACCUAUACAACACAUUCUGUCAGAGUAACAGAUUCAGCAAACACUCUACCUACUUCCAACCAUUCCCACUGUCUUUCAGACCCUUCUGCACAUUACUCUAUGAGGGAUGCAAGCCUGAGCCAGAUACCCUCGGUAAUAUCCAAACAGAUCUUGCAGUAUCCUACGAACACAAACGCAGUAGAGUGGAUUUUAAACCCUCAACGUCUGUUGACAGCAUUGUUUGAGACAAGGAAGGGACUGGAUCUUCGUGAAGAUGUGCCCCACGUGGGAAUACCCCAAACAAUGUUCGAUCAUUCAGAGUGGAUGAAAAGGCAAACAGCAUUUGGGGGGAUUCAUGUUCCAACUUCUCCGACUCUCCCAGUGAACUACACCAAUCCGGACGAAUUUCGCUCUCACGUGCCUGCAGAAACGUUCGGGCUCACCCCACCGCGAGCACAGCAGCCGAGUCAUAAGGCCACAGUGCGACAUGGUGGUGUAUCAUGUUUGACAUCUAAAUCACCGAUAUCACGGUGCAACAGGGUGCGAACUCGAUACACAGGUCAUCCGCUGUAUAAGGUUGGGAAAUUCGGAGCACCCAAUAAGCCAGAUACGACGGCACAUGCUUCAGAUGUGUCGAAGAUUAACAAUGAUUCAAACGGUUCCACAGGAUUUAACUUUGCCCCGCAGGAAAUCAUUCGCUUAUGUCAAACCCUUGAGGAUUCAGGUGACCUUGAAAAUUUGAGUCGGUUUGUCUGGUCACUCCCAUUACACACCAGCCUUUGGGAAGUACUUAAUCGUAGCGAAACGAUGUUAAGAGCCAGAGCCAUGGUGGCCUUUCACACGGGCAAUUUUAGAGAACUUUACGCAAUUUUGGAGCGCCAUACAUUUUCCAAAUCUUCGCAUGUGAAGCUGCAAGCAUUAUGGCUCGAAGCCCACUAUCAAGAGGCGGAGAAACUGCGGGGACGUCCACUUGGACCUGUUGACAAGUACCGGGUUAGGAAGAAAUUUCCGAUGCCGAGGACAAUUUGGGAUGGUGAGCAGAAAACUCAUUGCUUUAAAGAACGUACUCGAAGUCUACUCAGAGAGUGGUACUUACAAGACCCGUAUCCGAGCCCGGCGAAGAAGCGGGAGCUUGCCAAUGCUACCGGGCUGACGCCAACUCAAGUAGGUAACUGGUUUAAGAACCGGCGUCAACGAGACAGAGCGGCCGCUGCCAAGAACCAGACAUUGCCAAAUUCAGAAAGUGAUGGAGAUCCUGACACCCAUUUUCACUCUGAAGAAGAUUCGGUAGAACAUAAUGAUAGAAGUCCAGGAUUACCAAAUGCUGAAAACCGAAGCUCAGUGGACGGAGGUGCCUUGGUGUGCGUUGACGCCGGGCAACUCGAGCUGUUGGACAGAUCCGCCUACUCCGGCAGGCAAACUCUUCUAGACGAUGAUUGGCUGAAGUCAGAUUCCUUGAAUUUGUCAGUUCCGAAAGACCAAGAUAAUUGCGGAGAAAACACUACAGAUCAAAAUAAACCGUGCGCGAAGCGCUUCCGGCAAAGCCCCCAGGUCGUACCUAGCAAUGAAGCACACCUUAGAGACCAGAUGCGCAGGGGUCAAGGAACAGCAGAGGUGUGGGGUGAAAUGGGUGCGUUUGGCCAACCACUACUUCAUCAACAAACUUUUAGAAAAAGCAGUAAUGUGCCAGGAAGCGGGCUCUAUGAAUCAGGUAAUAAACUCCGUUCAGGUAAAAUAAGUGGCGACAACGAAGAAGCAAACAUACGGAGAAAUACUCGCAGUGUUGACGAAACGCACUCCAGGUUAUUUGGUGUAUUUGAGCAAGCCAUGCACAACGAUUUGUGCAAUCGGUCUUCCAUGAACUGGAUACUGUCAAUGGCAUCUAGCGCCUCACGUAACACGAAUCAAGAAAGCGGCAUUGACUAUUCAGCUAUCAAGAAUGCUACGCCUUAUUCACCUGAGUGUAACAAAAAGACUGCAAUUUCACCAUCAGCAAAAGCCUCUCCGUUCAGUAUACGUGGUUUGGGUCUAACCAAUACAUCACCUGACGAGAGAAGCGCAUCAGGCAAGUACGAGGAAGUAUCCUCCCCAGGUAAUUUCCCCCUCAAGAAAUCCAACGAUUCAUUGGAUACGAUGAACCUAGACAAGAGUACUGACAGUGAAAUUUCAUCACCCAGUAGUGUGGAGGCUUGGAGAAGGGUCAUGGAAUGGUACACAUACGCCGUCCAGUCUGGUUCUCCGAGUAUUUUGUCAAAAUUGCCUUAUCCUUGGUUGGAACAAUACAAUUGGGCAACUCGUCAUGGAACGAAAGUAUCUGCUGCUGCGGACACUCGGGCGAUAAAGGAGAGCAGCUUUGUCGAAACUCCCCUCAACUUAUGGAUUACUAACAUUGCCGCAGCCAGCAGCCUCAACUCUGCACUUGCCACUGAGGCGGGUCGUAAUCUCGACAGGAAUGAUGGAGCAAAUUCAGCCCAGCAGCAUCAAGCAACAGCCAAAAGCCAACGUUUACUCACAGUCAAUAAAUUCCUCAGUAGCCCGAGUUCCUCACCAGAGGGCAGAGAACUGACUGAUACAGUUCCACAAUGUGGCCUUUUGGCACACUCUACCAGCUCCACAGGCUCCCCGUUUGAGAGAAGCUCUUUCGAAUGACGGCAGCAAAUGUGAAGGCAUUUAUCAUAUGCAACAAAAACUCUGUUGUAGGUUGUUUCAUUGUAUUGAAGGUUUCCUGAACCUUCGGUUGUACAUAGUUCGGUUAGACAAUCGUCAUCGGUUAAAACCCGCUCUUCUAGUGAUAUUAUUAUGCGACAUUACUGCUACCGCCCAACCAAAGCCUAAACAAAUUCCCCAGAGUUGUAUUAUUCAGUUUGAAGAACCUUACCAAAUGUUCAUUGUUUCUGUCGCAUGGGGACUUCAAUAUUGAACAUACUUCGUGGCGCUGAUAGAAUUGUGCCCCUGCUGGCAAGAUAAUAUGAAAAAGAAAUAUGUAGAAUAUGAGCUCUUCAAAUACGUUUUUCCGUUUUU